GUCUUUCCCUGGCGGCUCACUGUUGAGGAAAAGCGAUAUAAGGCGGAGAAAACAUCAACACUCGAGCAGAAACUAUGAGCACUCAGUACAGUAUACUGUUCAAGCAGGAGCAUGCCCAUGAUGAUGCCAUAUGGACGGCAGCAUGGGGGAAAAGCGAGAAGGAUGGAUCAGAGACUAUCAUCACUGGUUCUCUGGAUGACAUGGUGAAAGUGUGGAAAUGGUCAGAUGAGAAGCUGGAGCUACAGUGGACUCUGGAAGGCCACCAGCUGGGUGUGGUGUCUGUGGACAUUAGCCACAAUGGCGCCAUCGCCGCCUCCAGCUCUCUGGAUGCUCACAUCCGUCUCUGGGACCUGGAGUCUGGCAAACAGAUUAAAUCCAUGGAUGCAGGACCAGUCGAUGCCUGGACUGUAGCGUUCUCCCCCGACUCCAAAUACAUCGCCACAGGCAGCCAUCUUGGCAAGGUGAACAUCUUUGGCAUUGAGAGUGGGAAGAAAGAAUACUCCCUGGACACCAGAGGGAAAUUCAUUCUCAGCAUCGCCUAUAGCCCAGAUGGAAAGUACUUAGCCAGCGGUGCCAUCGAUGGAAUCAUUAACAUCUUCGACAUUGCAACUGGGAAACUCCUCCACACACUGGAAGGCCACGCCAUGCCCAUCCGCUCUCUCACAUUCUCUCCCGACUCUCAGCUCUUAGUCACAGCCUCCGAUGACGGCUACAUCAAGAUUUAUGACGUACAGCAUGCUAACCUGGCAGGUACUCUGAGUGGCCAUGCGUCUUGGGUGCUCAGCGUUGCCUUUUCACCUGAUAACACACAUUUUGUCUCCAGCUCGUCAGAUAAGAGUGUGAAGGUGUGGGAGGCAAGCACCAGGGCGUGCGUGAACACUUUCUUUGACCAUCAGGACCAGGUAUGGAGCGUGAAGUACAACAGCACCGGCUCGAAGAUCAUUUCGGCUGGAGACGACAGAGCCAUCCACAUUUACGACUGUCCCAUGUGAAGCAUGUUUCACCGUUCUCACACCCGACAGGACACGAGUAAAUCUGAUAUGUCACGCCAGAACUUUUAAUCGAUCCGCACUCUUCGUCCAAAGAGAUCCAUACAGUCCCUGCUGAUACCAGAUUUCCUCCAAAGGGUUUCUCCUGUUUUGGUGGUUUGAUAUUAAAUAAAGCCUUUAAUCUGCAUCUGUAACUAUCCGACACAUCACAUGAGCAGGUAAUAACAUGGCCGUGAGGUCUGUUUUUCAUCUGUAUGUCAUCGUCUCCUGAAAUGUUCUCCAUUUGUCAAAACAAUAAAAAAAAAAUAAAAAAAGAAUUUUAUAAAUAC